GUUUUCUUACUAGACAUGCUGGAAUGUGUGAUGAAACAUCUGCCUCUCACUCACGAAAUCAUGCUUCAGCAUAUGUUCCGUUGCGCGAUAAUUCUAUGCCUGCACUAGAAUUUGCAGAACUAUCUCGGGGCCGACCUGGAUCAGAACAAUUCAAUCCACAGAUGCUGACGUGGGACGCAGAAGCACAAGAAUUUGAAGAAUUACUAUCUCUGUGCCGACCUGGAUCAGAACAAUUCACUCCACAGAUGCUAAUGGGGAAUACAAAAGCACAAGAAUUUGCAGAAAUAUCUCGCGGCCGACCUGGAUCAGAGCAAUUCGAUCCACAGAUGCUGACGUGGAAUGCAGAAGCACAAGAAUUUGAAGAACUAUCUCUGUGCCGACCUGGAUCAGAACAAUUCACUCCACAGAUGCUGAUGCGGAAUACAAAAGCACAAGAAUUUGCAGAAAUAUCUCACGGCCAACCUGGAUCAGAGCAAUUCAAUCCACAGAUGCUGACGUGGAAUGCAGAAGAAUUUGAAGAACUAUCUCUGGGCCGACCUGCAUCAGGACAAUUCACUCCACAGAUGCUGAUGCGGAAUACAGAAGUAGAUGUCAAAGGAAAGAGACUUGCAUCAGAAGUAAAGCAGAUAAAGGCGAAGAUCCUGAGGUUGAACGUUGCUUCUGUGGUUACACCGGUUGGUCUUAAAAGUGCUGCAGCAGUUUUGAUUAGGGAUGGUAGCACGGCAAAGUUCAUGACUGCAUCAUGCUUUCGUACGACGCUAUACAUGGAUCCAGCUCUUCUUUUUGCAGCUGCUUGUUGUGAAGGGAUCAAAAGUGCUGUUCUCUUGUCUGAACCAACUACCAUUGUGCUGGAGUCCCAUCAGGCCCCUCUGCUUGAGCACCUAGCUGCCACUCAGAGUGGAGCGAGUGAACUAAUACAGCUGAAACAAUUUCUGCACUCGAAUCCGCCAUAUUUCAUAAUCCGGACUAUUUCAGAAGAAUCCAAUGGUGCUGCUUGUCAAUUGGCCCGUCAUGCUUUGCAAAUGGAGGAGUCGAAUAAGGUCUGCAAGGAUCCUCCGGAUUGGCUUAUCCCUUACUUAGAUCAAUGAGGUUAGUUACUCUGAGUUUGGAAAUGAUUCACUGGCAACUCAGCAGAAAGUUUCAACUAUAGCAUGCAUGGUGUAAUUGGCAGCUAUAGCUUAAUUCUUUGAGUGUAGAUAUAGGCAAGUAUAGUUACAGUAACAUUCUUUGUACCGCACAUGCUACUGAUACAUACAUGAAUCGUUUGCUUUCUCGAUGUGAUGUGCACCUAGCUCUGAUAGAUGUAAAACCUGUAUGAGAUCAUAUAUUGAUGAAUUGCAAAUGAUUACA